AGAAAAGCAGAAUAAAAGAGAGACAAGCCAGUAGCCGGAUUUGAUACAAGGCAACAUUAUAAUCUGCAAGAAGCACCUUCAGUUAAAAGAGAUGAAAGAGAAGGGGGUGGGGGCUGUAUGGCUGCGCUGUGCUGUCUCCAGGAAGAAGUAAUUUAGUGUGUGUGUCUGUGUGAAACAGAGCUGCGUUUUGGCAGUAGGGCAUUUACAUGUUAAUUCUGGCUGCAACACAGAUCCAUACGGAGGAGGAACCAGACACCAGCUUCGCCAUGAUGGCUCGUUUUGGAGAGGCGGUGGCUGGCAGAUUGGGGUCCGGGGAUGGAGGAUCAGAGAGGAGUAAGACUCUGCAAGGGUCUCCGGCUGCACCAGUGGGGACCCAAGCAGCUUUCAAGCAAUCUAAAGCCCAAAGAGCGAGGACCAUGGCUUUAUACAAUCCCAUCCCAGUCCGGCAUAACUGCUUCACCGUGAACAGGUCGCUGUUCAUCUUUGGAGAAGACAAUCUUGUCAGGAAAUAUGCUAAGAAGCUCAUCGACUGGCCAUAUCCUUUUUUUUUUAAAUUACCAGGGAACUCAAGUGCAGAAAUAUUGCCAUUAAUAAUUCAACUCACCAGCAGCAAGCCAAAAACUGAAAUAUGUGACUUUUUCCACUUCGACUAA